AUGGAAAACUUUUAUUAUUUUGUUAUAUCAGAAUGCUUGACCAAAAAUGAAUUUAGUCCCUUAUUCAAAAACUUAUUAUUAUACUCUGCUCCACCAUCACCAUUAAUUGGUACGCCAGAGGAUAUAUCCAACGCACAAAAUUAUAACGCUUUUCUAUUUGAACCAGCACCUGAUUCAUAUAGUAUUCAUUCAAAAAAUGGAAAAAUACGUGAUUUAAUUGAUGUUAGCUUGAAAUUGAAAUACUUAUACCGUGAAUAUCCAUUACAUGCAACACUUCAGAAAUUUGUCAACAAUAGUAAUAAAACAGUGGAACCUAGGGUAGUUGAGCUUUUAAUUACUAAACUACAAGAAUAUUUUAGUUUGUGUGAUAGUCAAUUGAAAAAGAUUAAUAGACUCGCUGAGGGAGAAAAAAACUGGAUCACCAAACCAAUGUAUCUUGUAGCUUCACAAUUGUAUUCAAUUGCAAAUUUAUUAGAUGCUUAUUUUUUUAACGACAACAAUAAUGUUAUGAACAAUAAAAAAGACAAAAAUUUAUGCAACACAAAUAAAUUGCUGAAAUCACAUCGCAAACAGAUUGGGGAUUUAGAUGAUGAAACUUUUUUGGAAAAAUGUAAUAGAACCAUCCAUAAUAGUUUCAAAUUGUGCUUAAAUGAUAGGGAACCUGAUACUACAAUUAACAAGAAACUGGGUGUUUACCCUUUUAUUCUAUUAGAAUUUUCAACUUAUGAAAAACUAAAUAAUUUUGAUAUGGAAAAGAGUUUUAUUAAAGUAUUAAUGAAUAGACUAAAUACAAAGCAGCUACCAAGUUUGAAAGACAUUCCCGGGAAUAAAAAUUUUGAAUUGUUGUGGUUUAAUUUUUUCAUGGGGAAAUAUUUCAUUAGGAUAAACGACCCUAGAUGUGUAGAAUAUUUGAUGGAGAGUUACCAAUAUUGUAACAUUAAAUGCACUAAGAUGAUUGUUAAGAUUUUAGAUUUAUUGGCACCAUGUUAUUUAAAAUUUAAAAAUAAGCUAUUGAAAUUUCCCUUCACGCAAGAGACCGGGAUACCACAUGAACUAAAUAAAUGGCUCGAAUUGUAUAAAAUUCUCAAAAACGGCGAGAUUUUCCUGUUCAAACAAUGGUGUUUCAACCAAGAAAAGUUUUUGUUAGCCAAUAAAUUAUUUAUUAUUGUCUGCGCCGAUCUCAAAAAUGUUUGUUUUACAAGAUUGUUACAUAAAUACUGGGCGUUGAAUAAUAAUGACACCAAAGUAAAUUUACAAGAAUUAAAUGCGAUAUGGAGAGCAGCAUCAAAAGAAAUUAGGGGGAAAGAUAAUGACAUUGAGAAUGAAUUGGAUGAAUUGGAAUGUAUUUUGAAUAAUUUAAUUAUAAAAAAAUAUAUCAAUGGUUAUUUAUCGCAUGGAAAUAGAUAUUUAGUUUUAAGCAAAAAAACACCGUUUCCCUCAAUAUAUACCAUAUAA